GAAAAAGAAGAGCUCGAGUGUGAGGCAGAGAUGGAAGGGGAGGCCCAGGCCCUGGACUGGGACAGCGAUGAGACGGUGAUUGAGGGGUCCGUGACAGAGAGCGACCCAGAAGACGAAGAACUGCCAUGGAAAAGGUUACUCUUUGAUCAAGACAUAUCUUCUAGAUCUGUGUUCAGUCUUCAUCCUGGUAUGAAUGGAAGGUGCCAAGGCAUGCUUUCUCCUGAGAUUAAACUUGGGAUGAAAUUCAGAAAAGACUUACAAGAGCAAAUGAAUAAAAAUAAGAUGAUGCCCAUUCUUAGUUCAGAUACAGUAUUACAGGAACUAAAUGAAGACAGAGUAUGUCCUGAAAUUAGUCUUUUUUCAAGUACUGCUAUUACAGAUACUGAUACGGCUUCUGUAAAGGAGAAAUCACUAAUAGAGACAGAGAAGAUAUUAUUAGCACCAAACAUAUCUUCAGAACCUGAGCAGGAAGGAGUCACAUUGACUGUGACUUCUAAAGAAUCUGUGGAUGAAGAAAGCUCAGUUGAAACUUUUGUGUCUGCCUUAGAAAAGCUGUUAACAUCAGAAAGCAUUAAAGAAGAAAGAAUGUUGGAAAUAAUGAAAGAUUUUGAUUUUGGAGAAUUGAUGAAUUCAUUGAGUGAUUCCCCAAGUUCCAUAUCAGUACCCACGAAUGCCAUAUCAGCAUGUUGCAGAGAUUUACUUGAAAACACAAAGGAUGAUGCAUUGCCAACUGAGUUGUUGGCAGCCAUCAACACAUUGUCAGAAGCCAAAGUGGGGUCCAGCUGUCACGGAAAAGAGCAAGGUGGCAGAUUUGGUGGAAAUGAAUGUUUUGAAGUGGAGCCUGAUUUGUCUCAGAUGGAUGAAGACUGCACACAAAUAACUGAAACAGUAGAAGAUCCAAAUCUGUUUAGAUUGCAAACUUUGGCUCAUCCAGAUAUGACUUCUUAUGAGCCACUGAAUAAUAUGGAGAAGUCAAAUCUGGUGGAAAAUAUAUCUGAGCAGGAAACUCCAUGUGUAUUAAGGAGAUCAUCCAGACUGGAAAAACUGAAAGUAAGCAGAGAGGCAAAGCAUGAAGAUACUAUGUGUAAAUCAUCAGAAAAGAUUAUACCAAAAAUACUUAGCUCUGAGGAACAAAUAAAUAAUAAAUCUUCAACUGAGAAUUUCAGAGUGAAGCAUCUUGCUUUAAGGAUGGACAGUAAAGAGAUGAAUAAGCAUUCAUCCAGAUUGAAGGCUGAACAUAUCAGGAAAAAUGAACAACUUGAAAUUAAAAAAGAAAAAAUGAAGAGCAAUAAAAAGUCUUUUGCUAGCAUAAACAGGAGAAACAUUUUUGGAGAGAACUUAAUAUAUAAGGCUGCUCUAGAUAAUGAUGUUCACCUUGUUCGUCAUUGUAUAAAAAAUGGUGGAAAUGUUAAUCAGCCAUGUUAUGCUGGUUGGACAGCACUUCAUGAAGCUAGUGUAGGAGGAUUUUACCAGAUAGUAAGUGAACUCUUAAAAGGAGGGGCCGAUGUAAAUACUAAAGGAAUGCACCAGAUCACUCCUCUCCAUGAUGCUGUGAUAAAUGGACACCAUAAGGUAGCAGAGUUACUUCUUUUGAAUGGAGCUGAUCCAUUAUUUAGAAGUGACAAUGGAAAGUGUCCUUGGGAUGAGGCCAAAGAUUCACGUAUGAAGCAUCUCCUUGAGAAAUACAUUCCUAAAGAUGACAAAUGUCUUAAAUCAGCUCAUAGUGAUGGCACUCACCGAGUAGAUGUAGAGGAUGUACACCAGCACAAGAAACCAAAAUUCAGUUCAAAAACUUGCUCUGAGUCAGUUUCUAAUGAAAAUUCAAACAGAUAUAAACCAGAACAUGAAGAAGUCAAUAAAGAAAGAAAUGAGGGUUUACCUAUAAGUAAUGAAGAUAUAUAUGAACGUUUCACAAACAAUUCUACAACCACAAACUUUGGCAGAUCUAAACCUAGACAGUCCUCUGUUAACCAAAUAUACACUCGAGAAUUAAGAAAGCGCAAUAUCAAAGAUACCAGCACAAAUGUGUCUAAAAAUAAAGAAAGAAGAGACUUAUAUAACAAGACUCAAGCAGAUGAUGGGGACUACAAUUCAAGACAAGCAAUUGCUGUUACUUCUUCCAGUAUAAUAAACAAAUCAGUUAGUCACCAGCAGCAUGUUCUCCAAACCUUUAAUGAUUUUCCACAAGACUCCUGUGAACUUUUCAGCCCAACUUUGUCAAGUCUGAAAAGUGUAUUAGUCAGCAAUACUGAGGCUUGUUCAGCUUCCAAAGAGACACAUACUUACAAUCUGGAUUUAUCAAGUAGUCAAGAAAUGAAAUUUUUAGAAUUAGAAUCCAUAGAGCAAACUGAAGCUGUUUCAGAACUUCGAUCACAUAAAGAAAUCAAGUUACCAUUUGUUACUAAAGAUCAGCAGAUUCAUACUCACCAAAAACAACACAGUAGCCCAUACAAAUCUCAGGAAAAUAGUAACUCAGUUCAGAAAAAUAAUAGCUUUAAUAAAUGGGAAAACUCUUUCUUGUCCUUUGUAAAGGCACAUUUUGAUAGUGAUGACAGUGAUAGCAGUAUCUCUGAGAAAACUGUAACAUCUAAAAAGGUAGAAUACAAAAACCACCAUAAUUACGAAGAAACUAUAACAAAUAGUGAAGAAAUGGAUUCUCAACCAUUUUUACCUUCUGAGGGCCAUGUUUCACAGGAAAAUGAGUUAAAAGCAGGAAGCCUAACCACACUGUCACAACAGGAAGCUGUUAAUUUCUGUGAUUCAGAUGACACGGUUAUUUCUGAACAGUAUGUUGUAAAUUAUGAACAACAACUUUAUGGGAUUUCUUUUGAUCACUCAUAUUGCAAUCGGGAGCCAAUUUCCAUGGCUUGUACAAGAAUGCCUUCCACACUUGAAGUUUCGAAUUUUACCUGUCACUUGGAGCAAUUCAAAAAGCCUCAGGAUGCUAGCUCCAGAGAAUCAACUCCUUCAAUGAGUCAAAUAGAUGCACAGAAUGUGGAAAAGCCAUGUGUGGAAGAGAAUCAAGAUGCAGAACCAAAUUUUCUCAGUAAUCAAACAGAUACACAUGUAGUAAAGGUAUGUAUGGAAGAGAAACAAGAUACUAAAAGGAAUUACAAUAACAAAGACCAAAAUACAAGUUCUUCGACUAGGUUUUUUCCCAUAGUUGUUGAUUCUGAGGCAAUGGAAACAAGUGAAGUUGAAAAAAGGAGACAAGACCUUCCAGAAAAGGAGCCAAUGAAUAACACAGAUUUCCAUUCCAUUGACAAUAUGAAUAAUGAAUUGACUAAUACCUCACAAUGUAAUCAAAAAGAAGAAAAGGAAAUUUCUCAUAAACCAGGUAUUAACAUAGAAACAGCCAGAAUUGAUAGGAGGUCUGUGAAAGGGAAAAGUCAACUUCAUUUGGCUGCCAGAAGAGGAAAUUUGUCCUAUGUGAAAGCUCUGAUAGAAUCUGGAAUGGAUGUGAAUGUAAAAGAUAAUGAAGGUUGGACACCACUUCAUGAAGCGUCUAAUAAGGGAUGUAAGGAUAUAAUUAUAGAAUUAUUAAAAGCUGGUGCUAAUGUAAAUUGUGAAAAUAUAAAUGGAAUUUUGCCCUUACAUGAUGCUGUAGCAGGCAAUCACUUAAAGGCAGCUGAGAUACUACUACAACACGGAGCAGACCCUAAUAAAAGAGAUCAAAAAGAGAAGACUGCUUUUGAUGAAGCAGAUAAUGAAAAAAUGAAAGAGUUGCUGAAAUCUUACGAUGUUAUUGAGACCAAUGAUAGAAAUGAGAGUAGUGCUAUGGUCACUGUAAAAAUUCCUGCUGUUCCGUUAAAAAGAUGUAGACAGUAUUUUUGUGAUAAUGACAAAACUUUUGAGCCACCUUCCUCUUCACACCAAGCAAAAAGAAGAGAAAGUCUUCCUAUGCAUCACACCAUUUCUGAUAUUCUACAAGAUAUAGAAGAAAAACAAGAAAACUUACUAGAGUUUGAGAUAAGAAACUCAGAUGAUGCAGGUAAACAUGUACUUAUAUUCAGGUAUGAUUAUUUCAUAAGUACAGUGUUGAUAUUGCCUCAACACCUUAAGGUGUGUAUUAAAAUCCCACAAUGGAUACCAGCCCUGAACCUCAGCCCUGUUCAAAUUGAGUUAAACUGGCUGGAAUCUGUUAGAAGAGUAUCUAUAGAAUCAUUUAAGCAUGGAGCCCUGAGAGAACAACUAGCUAACUUGGCCACAAGACAAAAGAGCCUUUUGCUUGCAGCAAAAAGGCAGAAAAUAAUAAGACAGAAAAUUCAAAGCUGUAAGAAUGUGACAUCCUUUUCUUUAAGGACAUUGCCAUCCAGUUCGGACAUCUCUGGUAAAAAUGACAACAAAAAGCUCACCAGUCUGGAAAAUUCAGUGCAUCUCCAAUCUGAUUCACUUUCUGCUGUCAACCUUGCCUGUAGAAGCAUGCAAGAAACAUCAUUGUCCCUGAAAACUUGGAAUGAUAGCCAAAAUGCUAACACUUGUCUAAACCCAGAGGUAGUAAGAGAAGAAGAAUUUCCUGUAACUGAGAUGAAUUCUAAACGAAUUGUCAAUAAUUCUAUGUUAGAUGACUUAACAAAAUCCAGACAUUUGGAUGGCACUGAUAAGAUUGAAUUACCAUCCCAAACUGUUGCAGAAUAUUCACAAAAAGAAAAUGAUCUUACAGAAGCUACAGCCAAAGACCAUGGAUUGUAUACUCCGACCAUAAAAUAUGGCACAUUAAGUAUUUCAGAGUACACAAGCAUACUUUCUCAAAAUGAUGUCUGUCCCUCAGCUGUUGACAGUAACUAUGACACUUCCCAAUGUAAUCCAGAAAGAAGAAACAGGAAAACAGCUCCCCACCAACUAUCUGGAGGGGUAUCGGAGUCCCUGGCACAGCAAAGGAUUGCUGCCCUAGGCACUGAUGCUACACAUCAGAUGAAAACAUAUCUUAAAAAGCCAUCUUCUGCUGUUCCACAUUUAAAUAACACCCAAAUCUCUCCUACUUCUGGGUCUGGCAAUCAGCAUACUACGAAAAAGCCUUUAAACUAUACCACAGCUCCUAAAAAGAGAAAUAUGCAGAUAAAAGAUUUGAUAUUACUAGGAAGAAUUAACCCAGGAAAUAACAUUCUGGAAUUCAAAACACAGGAGACUAUCCACAAAGCUAGUGUUUUAUUGAGUGGUAAACUUCAGGUAGAAAAUGGUCAGAUUUAUUUAACUCCAGUGACCUGGCUCAAGGAUCUUCUGGGAGAUGACAUUUACGUGACCUGGUAUUAUGCUUGGAGUAAGAUAACAUAUCUUGGAAAGGAACUUUUAAGGUAUGUUUCUGAGGAAGGGCCUUUACCUUCAGAACAAACUAUGCUACUUCAACAACAACCUUGGCAUUCAGGCACUUCCAGAGAGUCAGUACAAACCAUCCCUCAUUAUCUACAAAUAAAAGAAAUACUUUCAAUCAGCGAUCAAGAAUUUCUCCCGUGUCAUGUGAUGGCUCAGCAUUGGAAGUUCUAUAUGGAGUGUGAGGAACUAACAUUCUAAAGGCUUGUUUUCUUAAUCAUUAGGCUUUUGUUCAUAUGUUCAUGUUCUUUUCUUACUUUGGUGGGUCUAUGUUAGCAUAUAGUUUAUGUGUUAAUUAUUGAAAAUUUCUGUUUACUGUCAUAAAAAUAUGAUUUUUGACAUUGAAAUA